AUGUUAGCCAUAUUUCAUAAAGCUUUUGCUAACCCGCCAGAUGAGCUAAACAGUCCAGCUUCUAAUAAUGGCAGUAAAAAGCCAAAGCUUCCUCAAGAAACUCUUGAUGAAUUCCUUUCUCAUCAUCCAAACAACACUUGCUCCAUGACCUUUGGUCAAGCUGCAGUUCUUGCCUAUGUUCGCCCUGAAAACCCUUUUUCAAAACAUCAAAGAUUGUUCUGCGGGUUUGAGGACAUAUUUUGCCUUUUCUUGGGGAGCUUGAACAACUUGUGUCUACUGAAUAGGCAAUAUGGAUUAACGAAAGGGAGUAACGAGGUCAUGUUUGUAAUAGAGGCUUAUAGGACCCUUCGAGAUAGGGGUCCAUACCCUGCAGAUCAGGUUGUUAAGGAUCUUGAAGGAAGCUUUGCUUUUGUUAUUUAUGACAGUAAGGCUGGAACUGUCUUUGUUGCUCUGGGCUCUGACGGUGGAGUGAAGCUUUUCUGGGGCAUUGCAGCUGACGGCUCUGUUGUGAUAUCAGAUGAUUUGGAGGUCAUAAAAGCUGGAUGUGCCAAAUCAUUUGCUCCCUUCCCAACAGGUUUUAUGUUCCACAGCGAAGGAGGAUUGAUGAGCUUUGAGCAUCCAAUGCAUAAGAUAAGAGCAAUGCCAAGAAUUGAUAGUGAAGGAGUGAUAUGUGGAGCAAAUUUCAAAGUUGACAAGUACACAAGAAUCAACAGCUUGCCACGUAGAGGCAGUGAAGCUAAUUGGACCGAGUGGGACUCUCAUGCCUAA